UACAUACUCUUUGAUAGUGAGUGUAGUCUGUCUGUUGUGUUUACUUGUUUGAUCUGCGAGUAGUACUGUGAAGUGGAUUUAUAGUUAUUCUUCUUAGAACGUUAUCUUUGUUUGAGUGUGAAAGAUAUUUAAUCUUUAAAAAUGCCUACAAGUGCGGUGUAUCAACCUACAACAGUGACCUAUGAACAGCAGCCAACAGAUCAGCGUUGGAACUGUCCUAUCAGCUACUUCUCUCGGCGUAUGGCUUCUAGUUGGAACCGAGCAGUAUGCUUGCGAGUGGGAUUGUGUUUGACGGGCAGCAUCUUAUUUAUUAUAGGAAUGGUGCUGAUUAUCGUGGGUGGUGUGAAAUUCUCGAACGCGGCUGAACCGGACCCUCACAGCUUCGAAAAUGGCGUCGGCGAACUGGUCGCAGGCAGUGUCUUAAUAUGCUUAGGAAUGGUAGCUGGAUUGCUAGGUAUUUCAACGUACUCAUCGAGGUGGGGUAACGGCAAGGAAGCUCCGGCGAGUGGAGCCGCGGCCCUUACAGCUCUGAACCCUUCGACCGAUCCUCUCGUUGCUGCACAGUACGCGCCCGUACGCGACGCCCCUCCCGCUCCUGAUGAUGAAAUGCGCAAUCUCAUGGAUAACAAAGAUUGCUUGAGCAGCGCAGAGGAAAGCGACAAAAUGUUGGAUGGCAGGCCGUCUGUUGCGUAAAUACAACUAUUUUAUGAUAUAACGAGAUUAAUCUCACGAGCUUAGGCUAGACUUAAUGUCCCCCUAACUGUGUAAUGAACGGUGUUAGAGAUACGUUACGCAGCUAAGCAUAAGUAACAUAGAAUUUAUUUUUAUGAUAUUUCAUCGCAAUGUAUAGGCUUUUAAACUUCAUAUCUGUAACAUAUCUUUAACGCCGCUCCUCUCGUCAAGUCUCGUGUCCACAGUCCGUAUUAUGUUAAGGUUGCAUUUGGUACAAAGUAAAGAAGUACUUUUCAUAAACACUUUAGCGAGUAAUUUGUGUUAUUCGCCAAUAAUGUGUGCUUGUUUUAUGUGAUACUACCUGUCUGAUUUUUUGUGAUGCACAGUUAUUGAAAUUUCGAUAAUUUUAAUAUUUUAAUUUGCUCUAUCAUGUAAUUUUAGUAUUAAGUAAUCGUCGUAUUUAGACAUCCUUUAAAUAUAGAAAUCUUUUCUUGAAUGUUCACUUUAAAUAUAGAGUUAUUUGAUAAGCAUGACGGCUUGCUGGUAGCUCGUAUAACAAUGACCACAAAACCCUGACCUUUGUCAGAGAAGAAUAAGAAGUAGGUACAAGCAAAUGUUUCUAAUAAUUACAUACAAUGUAUGUAAAUGUUUUUUUUAUUUACAAAAUCAUUAUAUUUAAGAGAUGUUUAAUAAGUAUUCUUUAAAGUGUUCAGAUUCCAUCAUCUUUAAUCUCAUCUUACCUACUAUGAUCACAUGCAUUUAAAUGUAUACUACACAUUGUAUUUAUGAUAAAGUGGUAAUAUUCUGACAAUUUGUAUGUUAGUCCGAGUGUUUAACACUAUUUUGCAAUAUUGUAUGAAGCUUUGGUCGAAUUCGCCUUUAUAAAUUAGUAAAAGUCAAGAGGCCAAAUUGUUGUCCAGAUUUACGAAAGUAAGUUUAAUGUGAAUGUGGAUUGUCAUAUUUAAAAUAUGAAAUAUCAAAACGACAUUAUAUUCUCAAGUAUUAAUAUUACAAAUUAUUUUUAAAAUCAAUCUCAAAAUUAGUAGGUAGGCUCAUUGUUUGACAUUUUUGUUUCUCUAUUGAAUAUUUUAUUUACUCUACACACUAUUUACUUUUCUAUAUCUUUAUUUAUAAGUAAAACUAAUUUAUAGAUGUA